UUGUGCUGUGCUGGUGUGCGGAAGAUGUGAUUGGAUUAUCCGGCAGUUUUGUUUUGUGAGCAUUCCAUGUGAAUUUGCUUGACCAGUAAGGAUUAAGUCUCUGAAUGUGAUAUUUUUGAUCAAUAAGAAAUUCGUAGCUCAUUUUGUAAGUAGCACGCGUAGCUAAUUGUUAUACGAGUACUAUACCGGUUUUCAAGUAAAAGCCAGUUUGCGUUUUUAUUCGUCUACAAACGGAGCUAAAGUACCGACAGGCUGGUUCCAUCACCGAAGUGAGAAGAUUUGACACCAUAGCCUUGAUGAAGAAAGGGUACGCCGAGCCCAGCUCGACGAUGAGGUCGCGGAUGGCUGGCUCGCGUGGGCCUCAGCGCUUCAUGCUGCUGGCGCUGGUGCUGGCGCUAGCCGUGGUCGGCCUCAACUACUGGCGCUUGAUGACGGUCAACGCCGAUUUGACGGAGCGCGUGCGCCGCUUGGACGAGUUGCUGGUGGCUGCAAAUACAAAGUGGACGACUCUGGAGGGCGAGCGUCAGGCGACCAGUGACGAGCUACUCAAGGCCAAGGCGCAGCUACAAAAGCUGCAGGUCGACCUGGAGGAGAAGGUUUCCAAGCUGCAGGAGCAGGCGGACAAGUUGGCCGACAUGGAGGACGACAAGUCGGACCCUGCAGAAGGAAGCAGAGGAGAACAAGGAGAGGCAUGAGCAGGAGCUGGCGCGGCAGGGCGCCGGCCUGGAGCAGCAGCUGACCGAGGCGGAGGAGCGGCUGGCCGCCGCCAGACGGGAGCUCGACACCGCCCGCCGCCAGCUGGCCGCCUGCGCCAACGAGACAUGCGACGGUCGACUGACGCAGCUGCAAUUUGAUCUGGAGACGUGCCGGUUCGCCCAGAAACACGCCGGUAACCCGGGCGUCCGGCGGCCGCCAGGUGGGUCGACGGCGGACACCGCCGGCCAGCCGGGUUUAUUCGUCCGCCGCGCUCGCUGGUCCGCAUGCUGACGAUGUUGUGGAACGUGCACGUCUGUCGGUGUCGCCACUUGUCCGUAGUGUCCACUGUGCUGUCCUCGCCGUGCUGCCUGGCCAGUGCGCUUGUGAGGCCAUCUGGAAGGUGAGGGCUUCAUGUGAUGUAAGUCCGUAUGCACGCUCGGCGUGGUCAUUGGGGGAGGCCGACCAGCAGGCGCGCGUGCGUCGUCGCGCCAAGAUAAUGACAGUAGCUACGUGCUCGGUAAUGCAAACCCAUUAUAUGCAUUGUUGUAGGAUCUACCGAACGGGUAUUUCCUGUGGCGUGGUAAGUACACUUGGAUCGUGUAAAGAGUGACACGAGCCGAAAACUACUUCAAGGUUAAAUGCUCGCAUGUAAAGGCAACGCAGGUUGAGCUGCCAACUUUUGUCGAGGUGUUAGAAUGAUCAAGCUUAGGGUUUUACACCGAUCGCAAGGAUCGUUGCGUUGUCGUCGACGAUUGCUGUCUUCUAAAAUCGACCCGGCGCUUAUCUGAACGCGUUACCAUUGACGUUACUACUGUGCAGUCACGGACGACAGAUCCCUCCGCCAGCGUCUUCUUCGGACCGCGGCCGCCUCCGAUCCCGUGUACGCGUCUCCGCCUCCAGACCAGACCAGACCAGACCCUGGCCGACGCUCGGCCGUGCCGUAUCAGCGAUGGCCGGGCCUCCCGCACGCCUCUACACGGGCCCUGAUUGGUUUUCACGACGUCCCCCCCCCCCCUGCCCCAAACAAGAUCAGUCCCGCCUUCGGCCGAACCAGCGGCCCUUCGGAGCCGGUGGCCGAGUGCAGGCGGUGUUGGUGGUCGCAUUGUUAAAGGCACGCGUCACAGAAUGGAAGCGGUUGGGUUCGAUUCCUGCCACAGGGCAUGUUCGUUGGCCGCGGUUUCUAGUCGAGGUGGGGACGCUAACGACUGGGCAGCCCCGUCCGUCCGUCCGUGACUGUCCAGCUGGGGCUCAGGGCCGCGGUGACGCGGGCGGUGCUGACAGGCGGCGGCGACGCCCGCGGCCCCGGCCAGCUGCCGCUGCUAGCGCCCGAUGUUGUGCGCGUCGUACAUCGCCAUGCCCACGGCACGCUCCGUCCG